GUUAACACAAAUAUAAGCAAGGCUAAAGUUCCAGAAUCUUUUGCAGGGGAGCUCACCCAACACUUAUCAAAAGCAUUGGGCAAACCAGCACAGUAUCUAGCAGUACAGAUCUCUCCUGAUCAGGUGAUGUCCUUUGGCAGCUCCACAGACAUAGCACCUGCUAUGUGCUUUCUGUACAGCAUUGGAAAGAUGGGGGAGCAGGAGAACAAGGUCUACUCCAAAUUGCUUUGUGACCUCAUGAGCAAACUGCUGAAAAUACCAUCUGACAGAAUCUACAUCAGCUUCUUUGACAUCAGUCCUGGCAAUGUGGGCUGGAAUAACAUCACCUUUGCUUGA